CCCGCGCUGAAUGGACGACGUCAGAUACUCGAACCCCCGGACCUCGUCCCUACUCGAGUACCCCUGGCCCUGGAUUGGGCAUGUCGGCUAAUCAGCGGAACUAGCUUUGUCCCACUGCCUUAUCACCCUUGAAACCUACAACGCAGCCCAACCCGCAUACAUAUGUGGAAUCAAGACGCUGCCAUUUAAACACACCCGACUAGAGAACACGGCAGCUCCAUCCCCAUUCUAUACCACGCCUACACCUUACGAAUAUUGGGGAUCACAAUGUCGCGCAGACCUCCCAAUCCUGCCGCAGAGCGUGCUGCACAAAACACACAGACUCUCAAAAGCCUCGUGAAACUGGAAGGCAACAAGACAUGCGCCGAUUGCAAAAGAAACAAGCGUGAGUUUGAUUCCAUAUCCAUGACCCCUUAUGGCUGUUCAACUGACUGAAUACUCUCUCUCAGAUCCGCGCUGGGCGAGUUGGAAUCUGGGUGUAUUCAUUUGCAUAAGAUGUUCUGGCAUACACCGAGGAAUGGGAACACAUAUCAGUAGAGUUAAAUCAGUGGAUCUCGACUCUUGGACCGAUGAGCAACUACAAAGUGUUUUGAAAUGGGGAAACUCGAGAGCGAACAAGUAUUGGGAGGCAAAGCUGGCGCCAGGCCAUGUGCCAUCCGAGGCAAAGAUUGAGAACUUCAUCAGAACAAAAUACGAUACCAAAAGAUGGGUGGCAGAAGGAGGAAUACCAGACCCCUCGACCUUGGAUGCGGAUGGAGACGAUGAUGUACCGCUAAGCUUGGUUAGGGAACAGCAGGCUAUUGAGCGUUCCACUUCAUUGAAAGCUGCAUCGGGACCAUCUCAAGUCAAAAGAGCCCUUCAACAGGACCUGUUCGGUGACGAUGAUGCUCCUCCUUCGAGAUCAGUGUCUGCCGCUCCACCUGCUUCAAGACCUCCCCCACCAAAAGCUGAACCUGCUCCUCCAAAACAAACAAAGCCCGCAGACUCUCUGCUUGGAUUGGACUUUUUUGGAACUGAAGCACCCCCGCCAAACCGGCCACUAAGCGCCGCCUCUACUCCUGGGGCCCAGUCACGACCAGAUCUCAAGCAGUCGAUUCUGUCAUUAUAUGCCUCUGCUUCUCGACCGCAAGCACAGCAGCAACCGUCUCAUUCUCACUCCAGCUCUUUUGGCGGCAUGCACUCGCCUGUGCAACAAUCUCCUCCGGCGCAACAGACAUCGUUUGGAGGAAUGAAUGAUGCUUUCAGUGGGUUGAGCUUUUCCACCAACCAAAUGUCUCCUCCAGCUCAGCCAAAACCUUCAGCAUUCUCCACCCUUGGUAAUCUUUCCGGCCAUCAGUCUUCUCAAAAGUCACCACCAGGAAACUUGAUGGGGGGCUUUUUUGAUACAAAACCUGCUUCCAAGCCCGCACCUCAACCAUCGCAGGGCUUUGGCUCUUCUGGUGGAUUCGGGGCUUUUGAUUCUGCUCCCAGUGCUGCCCCCACGUCAAGCUCUGGCAUGAAUGAUCUCUUCGACUUCUCUUCACCUGCGGCUCCCCCAGCUGCAGCUCCUCAACCAAAAAUGACAUCACCUCCUGCUCAACAAUCCGUUUUCAAUCUUUCACAACCUGCACCAGCUCCCAAGUCCCAACCAGCAGUGCCGGCUAUGAACAACUGGUCAGAUAGCAAUGCUUGGGGAGCCGAUGAUGCAGGUUGGGGUUCUGCCAAGAGCCCUCAUACAGUGAAGCCAUCUGCAGCAGCACCGCAAACUUCAGCAAACUUUGGUUGGGGCUCCAGUUCAAACUCUUUAGCCAGCCAGAGUAUUGUGCCAGGUGGAGGCGGCACUUUCAGUCCAACAACUUCUGCACCACCAAAGGUUACGCCGGAUGAUGAUUUUGGAGGAUGGAGUAGUGCAGCACCAGCUGCACAAAAUUCCGGCACAACCCAGCCCAAGCCCGCAGCUGGAUUUGGGGCCAAUGAUGCUGAUUUGUUUUCUAAUGUUUGGGGAUAAAUAAUGGGAAUGAAAGUACUGGAGUUGGAUGAACUGCAUAGCAUCUUUAUUUGCCUAGUACGUUCAAUUAGAAAUAGUACAAAUUAUAUGACCCAUAUGAAAUACCCAAGUACAUUGAACCGAUAAUUCCUGAUUUUGACGAUAAUCCAUUCGACCAUCACCUCCUUAUCCAUGAGAAAACGCCGUGUGCUAUGCUACAGACAGUAUA